GAACGUACUCGGCCUUAUUUUAGGGAUUGAUCGCUAGCUCGUUGUGUAUAUUCUCUAGCUCGCCAAACUGUAUAUGAUCCACAGGAUCUUGACAGCUCUAUAGCCCAUUGUUCAUCACUGAUUCUCCCAAACUCUCCUUAUCACUAGAUUAACAGAAGUGGUCCUUCGGAUUCUUGGACCUUUCUUUGUCCCAACGAGCGUGUAUAGUCCAAUAAGGACAAAGAAUUUACGGGAGUAACGAUGAUCAAUAUCGCUACCAAAAGAGCCAAGGGAGCUUCCAGCCAAGAAUCCAAAGAUUAUCUUUCCAAACAGUACGGCGGAGUUCACUCCGAGGGCUGGGUGAACCGCCUUCCCUCCUCUUGGAUCGCCUAUGUACAACUCUCACGACUGAGCCCGCCGGCUGCUUUCUUCCUUAUACUGUUCCCUCACCUGUUCGGCGUUAUACUCGCCGCGAACACUCUCAAAGUUCCCGCUACAGAGGUCGCCCGCGCCUGUCUUCUCCUCUUUGGAGGAAGCUUUUUCUGUAGCAAUGCUAGCCAUGCAUGGAACGACCUUGUCGAUGCUCCGAUAGACAAGGCCAUUGCUCGAACCAAAACUCGUCCUAUCCCCCGUGGCGCCAUCACCCCUCUUGCCGCAUUCAUAUUUGCAGUCUCGCAAGCCACAGGAGCUCUUUCGUUCUUGUACUUCCUACCUGCAGAUACGGCCAAGGUUGCGACUCCAACUAUUAUCGGGACCAUUUACUAUCCCUUCGCUAAACGUCACACAAACCUACCUCAGUUAGUGCUCGGUUUUUGCCUCUCCUGGGGCAUCAUGGUCGGCAGUUCAGCCGUGGGCGUUACCAAGCCAUGGACAGAUCCAUCGACCGUCUUCUUGCUUGUCGCUUCCAUUCUCUGGGUAAUACUCUUUGAUACCAUAUACGCACACCAGGAUCUCGCCGACGACGUGAAGAUGGGCGUCAAAAGUAUUGCAGUCCUUUUCCGUCACCACGCCAAGGCACUGUUAUGGGCUCUUUUUCUGGGCAUGAUCGCUUCGCUAUUGGCAUCUGGUUACCAUGGACAGUUGGGUAUCUUGUAUUAUGCUGUCACAGUUGUCGGAUGUAUUCUUUCAGUGGGCACGAUGGUCGUUAAAGUGGACUUGAAGAGCCCUGCUAGCUGUUGGUUGUGGUUCUCGCAAGGAUUUUGGCUUACUGGACUGGCCAUCUUUGGAGGUUUGUUUGCAGACUACUGUGGUAAUGGUGGUAAGUAACGUGUUUGUGAGUCCUAGGCCUCGAGUUAUUGAAGCACAAGGUCACAAUCACAUGGCAAUGAAGGACCAUCACUCGCAAGUUCUCAAAAAAUAGAGUUUUGAGUAGCAAAUCGUCUAGAGACGACACCAGAGACAUCUAAACAAAUCUCAGCUUCUUUCUAGCUUGAGAUUUUGAGUCUUGAUAGUUAUCUGCAAAUUAUUGUCUUUCCACUCUUUGUGAGCAACGAUUCCAAGCGUCUCAACGCGCAACC